CUGUUUUACACGCAUGCAUAGCAACAUUUAUCUGGAUUUGAAUAACAUUCAUCAUCCAGAUGAGAGUUUUUUUCUUUCGGAUAUUCCAAGUGAAUUGAAUUAAAUUAAUUUUCUGUACAAAUUAAACACAAUGGCAAACAAAAGCGUUGAGAAUAUAAAACGAAUUGCAAAAUAUUUGAAGGUAGUGCCCGGAACGAUUGCUAUCAAUAAUGAAAAGGUGAUUUGUCGGAAGACAAAAGAUCAAACGCUGUCUGGAUACACAACAAUCAUUUCGGCAAUGGGCCGUGAGAGUAAGAUAAAUAGUUUUGCUACAAGUGAUUUGCUGACGCAAUGUUUAAUUGUGCAAUGGUUCGAUUAUGCUGUACUAUUUAUUGAUCCAGCCAUUGAAUCCAAAGCAUCAACAGAGCUAGUUUUACAGGAAUUGAACGACUAUCUACGAACACGAUCUUAUUUGGUUGGACAAAGUCUAUCACUCGCUGACGUAGUCGUUUUUUAUUCAUUAUCCACAAUCAUGAACUCGAUUACACCUGCAACCAAAGAAAAGUACAUUGAUGUAUCGCGAUGGUUUGACCACUUGCAGAAAAAUGGCGAAGUUCGACAGAAUUUACCACUCGUCAAUUUAUCGACUAUUUAUUUACACGGAUGGGCAACAGGCACGCAUAUGUAAUUGUAAUUCAUACUGAUUCACCGAUACAUAACGAUCAUUUUUUUUUGUUCAUUUGAAUUGAAUACCAAGAUCUUUAAAAGCAAAACAUUCUGUAUUGAACAAUUCAGUAUAGAUAUUUGCCAUUUUUUUAUCACCUAUAAUAGAAAAAUCAAUAAAUUGAAAACACGCUUGAUGAAAUUAUAAUAAA